AUGCCGCUCGUUGAAAAUGAGCUCGGCCUUCCAGACGGCUUCGUCCUCGAAAUUAACACCUACUUGCUCACUGUCCUCACCGACGCGGACGCCAAGUUUACCCCUCAUCAAGUCGUUCACAAGGUCAUGCAGCGCGCCAACGAGCUCUACGAGAAGCAACUGUUUGGGACGAAGCGGAGCCUCUCCUCCGCAGAGGGAAAGCUCAAGAAGGACCCGCAAUCGCCGCUGCCGAGGCACCGAAAGCGGCCGGCAGAGUCCAUGCAGUACGAGGCGCCACGCUUCGGCCAUAGCAGGCUAGCGACCGCCACUUUGAUGAAGCAGCUCACUCUGCUCAAGGACAUGGACACGCGGAAGGACGGCUUCAUAGCGGAACCCGUCGAGGAGGACCUGUACAAAUGGAAUGUCCAUCUUUACUUUGAUGACGUGCAGGGCUCGAGAAUCGCCUCUGAUCUCGCAAAGAUCGCAAAGAGAGAUACCGUGAAGCUGGAGUUCACCUUCCCGGCGGACUACCCGCACGCCCCGCCAGUCGUCCGCGUCGCAGCCCCAUACGUGUCGGCAGGGCAUGUGCUCCACCGCGGCGGGCUCUGUAUGGAGCUUUUGACCGCCUCGGGAUGGGCUCCGGUCAACAGUAUUGACGUGGUGUGCAUUCAGAUUCGCGCGAUGCUGAUACAGGGACAUGCCCGCAUUGACCCCAAGAUGCAGAGCAAGAUCACGAAAUACACUUUUGAGGGAGCGUUGAAGGACUUGCAUUUAGUGGUCAAAACGCAUCGGUGGAAUGCUGGAACACCGCCUCAGCUGCGCAAAAAGUUAAGGUAUUGAGAGGUGGAGGUUGCGAUUGAUGGGCGUGCGGAUUUAGGCCGCAUUGUAGAUUUGUGAUUGUUCUUAUGCAGAGGGAUAUGAGGAUGGGUGGUGCCCUUUGAAGAAGAGUAUCAAGCGUGACCAGAUGUCGGGGGUCAAGCAGAGGCGUUUUGAAUUUCUGCGACGCGUUCCUUGCGACUGACACGCCCAGCUGCAGCAACCCCUGAUAUUCUAUUUUGCUUGCUCGGAUUGUGUUGCCCAUGGUACACGAUGCCGGGGAAAUGUUGGGCGGGAUGUGAGCGAUUUGGCGAAGGAAAGUACGUGGAGGUUUCGCGGAUGGGGGUCUCUCUCGAGGCUGUGUUCUUCUGCCGAUACAUGGAAAGCCGUGGGUGUGUUGAUGAGACGACAAGUCAUACCGCAAGUGUUCUCGCAACGCUGCUGUGCAGCCGUAUCAAAGUUGGCGACGCUCGUUGAUAUCCAAGGCCGCUAUGGACAUUCAGUGGCAUUUGGAAUGAGUCGGCAUUGGUGGUGCGUAGUGGUGAAAUGAAGAAGCCGGAUGGGACUCUGGUCUCAGAAAGUGGUUAGUUGAUUGUCCCUCUCGUUUCCGAUGUUUUUCUGCCAUAUUUCGGACAUUGUUGCAUGCACCUGGUGAGCGACCAAACGAGCGCAGCGCUCUCGAUUUCAGGAGGGCGGCGCCGGGGCAAAUUAAUGGGAAAGUGCUUGCUGGAGCGUUGUUGGUUUGCCCGGCAGUCCGCGCAGUUAGUAAUGAGUUUGAUAAUCUCACAUUGGGUGGCGGUGCGUUGCGAUCGGGUGAACUGUUAUCGUCUGUUGUGUCGCUACGGGAUCGGUAUGACGUGAGGUACAAGCGGUUGUAGCCAAGGUAUUGGAUCCCGCCACAAGGAUGCGUGGCUGAUGAUGUCGUAUUAUGGAUUACAGUGCUGUACAGUAGGAUGCUGUAAAGGGGGGUACUCCUGACGUCGGACAAAAACCUCAAUAUUAAAAGAAAAAAGUAGUUGCAA